UACACGUGUUAAAUAAUCAUUUAUAUUUAACGCUCGUUAUGUCGAUUAAUUAGAGAGACCAUGCCAGGGAUCAUUCUUAUAGUUGGUGUAUUUUUAUGGUCCCUAUUUAUAUUCGCUAUAUCAUUGUUGGUAGGCCUUGGGUUUCCAAACUAUAUCUGGAGAUAUGUUCUUUCAAACCAGUGUGUAAAUUUCAAGGAACAUCCAGAAUAUCAUGAAUGGGUUAUUGAUAGUAAUUAUGAUCCAAUUUAUACCUCAAUAUAUUUAUGGAAUAUUACGAAUCCGGAUGAGAUGGCAACAAAUCUUAGAACACAAAUAAUAGGUCCUCUUAAUUUCGUAGAAAAGUACAAGAAAGUGAAUGUAUCCUUUAUUUCGGAUACAGUAUCUUAUAUAAAUAUGCCAAGUAUCGUAAUGGAUACCUCAAAUUCUCUUAUUAAAUAUAAUUUAGAAGAUACGAUGUUUACGAUUACUUAUAAGGAAGAUUCAUUACCAAUCAUGGGAAACAUUAGUUCCUUGAUUGAAGAAAUAAUGGAAUUGAAUCAAUUUUACAAUGAUCCAAGGACUGACUAUACAACUCCUGCAAAGGUCAACAAAGAACGAUUAUCCACACCUUCAAGUGUCCUAUUCACGGCGGCGGGAUGCAAAAAUAUUUAUUUGAACCUAACAAAUUUUGUCCUUGAUUAUAAAAAAUAUGGAUCUCAAUCAAAAUUUGACGACACUUCUCUAAGCUUUAAAGUAAAUCGUAUAUUGUGUUCGUUAAAUUUCACUUUAAUACAAAAUUUAACCACCGACAAUGACAGCUAUAAGAUCACAGAUAAUAUAUCAUUUGAUACUGACAAACCUGCAAAUAAAUUGACAAUGAGGUUGAACUGUUCUAUAUCCUUCCCAAAUUGCAGUUAUUAUCAAAAUUUGACAGCGAAAACUAAUAAUGCUGUAGUCACACGCUACACCCAGGAAACUAUGAUGCACAUCUUAAAAAGCCUUGAUACUGUAAGAAAAAUAUAUAAGACAACUGAAGGCAACAUUUUUGGUAUGCGAAGUUUAAACGAAAUAAUUUUUGGGUUUACCCAAAGUAACUAUGACAUGGAACGAGUGAUGUCGCAACAAUACACAACUACGAAUUACACUAAUGUCAAUGACAAAUCCGAUGACUCAGUAAUUGGAUCCAAAAAUUUUGAAUUUAACCUUAUGUAUGUACUUGGCAUACUUCCCAAUCCCAGAUAUGACAAAUCCUUCAAAAAAUUUACGCUAUAUACCUGCUUGAAGGAGCGGAAUGCUGAUUAUAAUGGACAGUGGCAGAGCUACGAUCGUGAAACCAUAUAUAAUCAAACGAAGACAGGAAUCGGGGGUUUAAGCCCUUUUUAUAGAUACUUUCCCGUCUCCUCUUACAAUUUAUGCGAUUGGAAACAUUCAAAAUUAGAACCAUUUUAUAUGUUAUUCGUUCCGGAGUUAAAAAUAUAUUUGAAUUACAGUUACAUUUACGAUACAAAAAUAGAGGAUAUCGAUGUCAAGGCCUACGAAUUUUUGGGAAAUAAUAAUGAUCUGAAAAUAUGGUCAGACAAUGUAUGCAUCAAUUUUAACAAGUCUGAAAUUCAAAAACAUAUCACUCGACCUUUUCAUAACAUGAUCUUCAUUGAACACAAAACUGGUAAACUAUGGAGGCAAGAUUUGACAUACUUAAUCCAAAAAGACAUUAAUCAUCAUAAUAACACAACUUCAGUGAAUUUAAAUCUACCAUAUUAUUUAAAAACUUCAGUUUUAAAGGUCAAUCAGAAUUAUACAAAUUAUGUUAAAAUUAAGAUAAUAAGACCAAUAAAAAUUAGUUGUGGUAUAUUCAUCAUUUUAAGCUCAAUUUCAAUGACGCUUUUAAUAAUGAGCAUAAUUUUGGUAAUAAAAACGUUGAAGCAAUCAAAAAUAUUUCCAUAUAAUUGAAAAAUAUAACCUGGGAAAAUUUGAUAUUUAUUAGUUAUAAAAAAUCAUGAAAAAUAAUUCAUCAAAAUUGUAAUUAAC